CAAUAUUGAUGCCGCUCGGCGGCGGCGCAGAGUCCGCGAUUUUCCGCCUGCUAGUUGCGGAAAAGCCCGCCAGAUGCGCGACGCCGUGCACCGUCCACGACGAAAUCCGCGGCGAACAACUGCCGAGUCGUUACGUGCGUGUCCUUGGCGGCUCACUCUUGCAAUCAGCGCAUUACUACGCCGCGCCGCUGCAUAACAAACCCAAGCUGAAUCAUUUCGUGCGUUUUGUGUCUCUGUAGACAUAAUGCGCGCGUGAAUACCGUCGACGAACUCUCGCAGCAGCAGCAGCCAGCUCGUAAUACACGCCAAGCGUACACGUACCGCGCGCGCCACCGUAUCCGUUCAGCGGUCGAAAGAUGUUUUCGGGUUUAACGAAUCAGGUCAGCUCCUGGAUGGGCAAGGGCGGUGAAGCACCACCCGAGGAAGGUAAACUACCAGAGGCGGCAGCCGCCGAGCCGACUCUCGAUGGAGACGUAGCGAAUGCUGCAACUACCAGCCCGACGAAAACCAGCAAGCUGGAGAUGUUCUCGAACGUAAAAACGCAGAUUGGCGGAAUUGGCGGCUGGAUCGGGUCAAAUAUGCCAGCAAUGCCAGCGAUGCCCAGCAUCCCCAAGUUGCGCAAGGGUGAGGGCGACGCGCCCCCAACCGAUGAGGCCGCGCCACCCGCGGAGGGCGACGCGCUUGUUGAUGCCGCCGCCGCCGCCCCGCCAACGAAGGAUGACGACGACAACUCCAGGCUUUUCAGCGCCACCGGCGGAGCCGACUCCGGGCCCGGCACGCCGCCCGAGUCGCCCACAGAAGAAGCCAAAGACGGACAAUUUGGCAAUGUGCAAAGUAAAGCAUUGGCCGGAGCCAAAUCGUUCGGUAGCUUCUUGUACUCGGCGGCAAGCAAGGCCGGGGCGAAGGUCAGCGAAGCGGGCGCAAAAGUAAAAGAGGCCGUUGAGAAGAACACGAUUCUCGGAGAAUUCAACAAGGAGCAAGAGGCAUUCGCUGCAAAACAAGCAGAAAACGCAGCUAAUUCUCUCCCGCCAUGGACGGGCUGCACCAAUGAGGAAGCACUCAAAGAGGAAUGCCUCAGUCUAUCCACUGACAAGCGCAACUUUGUGCGCAGUCCUCCGGCGGGCGUUGACUUCCACUUUGAUUACGAUGUCUCCUAUCCGGUUGCUAUGACCAUCAUGGAGCAGGAUCCGAAUUUAGAGAAGAUGCGUUACGAACUUGUGCCUAAAAUCAUUACGGAAGAGAACUUCUGGCGGAAUUACUUCUACCGCGUGAGCCUCAUUUGUCAAGCAAACGAGCUGUCGUUCAUGUCGCGUGAAGGCGACAGUCAGUCCGGCGAAACCACCUCCGAUCAGCCCCUAGAUACAAAAACCAACGAAUUCAUAUCAGACACGAUGAAAGUGUCCACGCAGGACCUGGCCGAGGUACAGGAAGGCAUGCGUAAAUUGGCAUUGGGGUCGAAAACGGGGGAAGAGGAAUGGGAGAAGGAGCUCGAAGCUGAACUGCAGGAUUACGAGGUGGUCAGUGAGCACAAGUCCUCCAGCUCGAAGAACGACAACUGGGAGCAGGACAUGGACGAUAUUCUCGAUGAUGAAGAGGAUUUGAAAUAGGCAACACACAUUCCACGAUGAAUUUGUUAUGAGUACGCGUACUUAGACACCGACUGAACGACUGAAUAAUUUUAUGCUUUACAUUCUAAUAUCUAUAAUCUAGUCAUGAUGAUUGUUUGAAUCUUGUAACCACCAGGAUAAUAUUGUAUAAAUUACACAUUCGAUAAUAUCUUGCAUUUAUGCAUUUACUACGUACACGUAGGGAUUAUAUAUAAAUAUUAUAUUAAAAAAGUUGUAAGUUAUAAAUUUAAGGCUGUUGAUGAGAGAGCAAAUCCGGUUAUUGUUUUUGUAAAUAAGCGCUUUUAAGUUUUUGAUCCAUUGGUUGAGAGUAUGGAAAGCACACGCUCUGUGUGUGGUUUUUUGCUCUUUGCUGGUUGUUAUAUUGUCACACACAUACACGCUUUGCGUUGUUUAUUGCGUUUGUUGCAUUCGGACAAGUUGUAUGUUUUCUGUUGCGCGUCCCUAUGAUUGUUGAUACACGCGCGGAUUGCGUUCACAAAAGAACCCCACCAAUACCACAUCCCUGACAUCCUUACAAUUGCGAAAAAUUGAACAUUUUUGCGAGCAAAUCUUAAUAUAUAUACAUAUAAUAUAUAUAUUUCGUAUUUAAUGAAAUGUCACAUUAUAGUACGUUAGGAUAUAGCCUAUGUGUGUUGAGCAUGUAUUUAACCUGUAUUCAUAAUUGUUAUUAUGCAUAACAAUUGUUAAAUAAAUGUAGCAUAUAUGCCUA